AUGAUUUUUAUUCUGAAAGAGAGGAGUGCGAUGAGCUACAAUCAAACAGUAAAUAUGGAGAAGUUGUGUGGCAUAUGUAGCACGAAAGAAGCGCGAUACAAGUGUCCGAAAUGUGGGAUCAGAUAUUGUUCCCUUGGUUGUUUUAAAGACGAGGUUAAACACUCUCAUACAGACAUCGAUGCUAAGAAAGAAGAAGAUGUGAUCAAAGAAGAAGUCAAAACGACCAAUGGCAUUAAAUCUUUGAAAUUUGAUUCAAUCUAUCAAAACUCAAAACAAUUACAGGACCUUCUGCAGUACAAGACUGUCAAAUUUCACUUAUACAAAGUUUACAAAAUUUUGAAUGUGAGAGCGGGAGCAUUAGGAACUUCUGAUCUCAGUUCAUCGGCAGAAUUGAAACGCCAACUGGCUGUGGACUACCUCAAUACUUUACGUGAAGGUGGAGUUCAUCAUAAUGAAGCUGUGGAAGACUUUUGUCAAUUAUGUCUCAAGCUUCUGAGCGAAGAUUAG